AUGAACAAUGACAAUGUGGGAAACACCUUUCAACAAAAUCAAACCAAUUUUCGGAGGAAAUUCAUAGUCAUCUUUAUAGUUAUCCAAUUAUUCUUCUACUUUUACUUUCAAAUCCAAAAAUCUGCUCUUCAUACAUCAUCAUCAACUUCCUCACCUCUGAAUGGCCAAUUAGGUGCUGGAGGUUCUGAUCACGAUUCAGCAACACUCGGAGGAGGAGGAGGUGGUGGUGGUGGUGGUGAAAAUAUUUUCGACGAUGUUCACUCUCAUCAAUACAAAAGGGAUCAGGAAUAUAAUUAUAAUUACAAUCAGAAUAGAAUUCGUCUGAAUAUCAUGCUGCAGGAGGAUUCGCCGUACAAUUUUAUAUUGGCAGAGAUUGCUGCGUUGGUGUAUUUUGAUUUUGUUUUUCAUUCAUCGUUGGUGCAGGAGAGAAAUUACUUUAACAUGUUGGCUUGGGAUACGAAAUUUGCAUCAUUUGGUGAUCGAUUUAAGAAGAAUGAAAAGAUUUAUUUCAGAUUUUUAUUUCCUAAGGAGGAAAAUAUGAUUUUGAGAGUUUCAUCAAACUCAAAGAAAGUUGGUGGAAAAUUGGAUUCGGAGGAGUAUAAUCGAUGGGAUAGUAGAUUGUCACUCAGUCAGCAGGAAUCAUUUCUCAAACAUUUUAUUCAAAUGACGUUUGGAAGUAAGGGAUUUUCAUUGGCCUACUCUGAGGAUUACAAGUUAGGACAUUUGGAAGAGGAAAAUGUACAUUUUAAACAUUUACAAAAAUCCUAUAUGCAGUCAAUAUUCAACAAUGAUCGAUAUACCAGAUUUUUGAAGAGUUUUAGACUUUCAGAUAAGAUUCAACAAGAAUCUAAUCAUGAUAAACAAAGAGAGGAAUCAAUAUUUAUCAAUCAUAGACCAAAGGACAAAUUUUCAGACUAUUCUACGAUUCACAUUACUGAUUUACUCAAUAUGGAUUAUGGAACUACAAUGGAGGUAGAAUCAAUUGAACUUAUUCAACAACAUUUUGAAAAUCUACUCGAAACAAGUACAAAGAAACAAAAACGAUUGAAAUAUGCCAUGAAAAGCAGAGCACUCAAUUAUGUUCUCUUUUACCUGAAUCAACAAAAUUUAUUACCAAUUUUGAAUCAAACCAAGUUUGAAAUUGAUGAAGAAACUAGUCAUUUGAAGGGUAAACAUCUGGGCUCCAUUUACUUGGUGCUUGCAUCAAGUCCAGAUUGGAUUCGUUCAUGGUUUACCUAUAAAGUAAGAUCUGCUGAUACCAAUGCACUCAGACAUUCCUCCAAGAAGAAAGUUCUAUUGGAUAAGCUCAUGGCCUCUAUCAAGCAAAAGGGACACAGCAAACACUCACAAAUUCACUAUGUAAUCAGAUUUUGGAUUCAGGGACAUUGUGAUACCUAUUGUCGAUUGAAUGUCAUCAAGACGUAUCACUAUUUCAAAGAGCUCCAAAGCAAUUUCCCAAAUAUUUUCAAUUUUUCUGUGCUGUUCAAUGUGGAUGAAUCAGUUCAGGCCUCUCUCUACAUUUCCAUUGAGAAGGAGGAACAAGUGAGUCCAAUUAUCAAUCACUUGAAUUGUAAGAAGAGUUGUGUGAAGGAAAUUGUUCUCCAUCACGAAAAGGCAAUGAAGAAAUUGAAAAAGAUUGAGGUAUCUGCAUCCUCUUCCUCUCCAACGAUACCCAAAAUUAACACUAUUUCACAAAGAUAA